AUGGUGCGGUUCAUCCGCCAGGAAGCAGAGGAAAAAGCUAACGAGAUCUUUGUCUCCACCGAAGAGGAAUUCAAUAUCGAGAAGUUACAGUUGGUCGAAGCCGACAAGAAGAAGAUUAGACAAGAGUACAAAUGCAAAGAGCGCCAAGUCAAAAUUCACAAGAAGAUGCUCAUUACCAAGAGAUCAAGAGCACAUGGUCUUGUGGAGGGUAUACUGGAACGUGUUUUGAUAAAUUUGCAUAGCAUUCAAAAGAAUCUGCAGUUCUGGAAGUUUAGAGCUAAGAGGUCAGAUUCUGAGAAGGCGCGUUUCAUGAUUUUUGAAAGGGGUCCAAGGGCUUUUAUUGAUGAAACAGUUAAGUUGUUGCGUGGACUCACCGCCUAG